AGGAGUUGUGGCGAUCCGUGGGCCACGCUGGCCUCAGCCAGGUUGCCGGGCCAAACGCUGGAGAAACGAUGCCCUGGACUGUCCUGCUCUUUGCAGCUGGCUCCAUGGCGAUCCCAGCGCCAUCCAUCCUGCUGGUGCCCCCGCACCCCAGCAGUCAAGAAGACCCCAUCUACAUUGAAUGCGUGGCCCCCCUGGGCUUCCCAGGGGCCAAUUUUACACUGUACCGAGGGGAGAAGGUGGUCCAGCUCCUGCAGGCCCCUGCAGACCAGCUCAGUGUCACAUUCAACCUGAGUGGUGGCGCCUGGGAGGCUGCAGGGGGAACGACGUUUCAUUGCCAGUAUGGUGUGCUUGGCGAGCACAGGCAACCGCAGCUGUCCGAUCUCAGUGAGCCUGUGCAUGUUUCCCUCCCAGUGCCUGCCUGGAUCUUGGCUCUCUCCUUGAGCCUGGCUGGAGCCCUCCUCCUUGCUGGGCUGGUAGCUGUUGCUGUGGUGAUCAGGAAAGUUAAAGUAAAAAAAAUGCAGAAGAAAAGAGAGCAAGAAUCCUGCUGGGCCCAGAUUAACUUCACCACCACAGACAUGUCCUUUGAUAAUUCCCUGUUUGCCAUCUCAACGGAAAUGACUUCAGAAGGAGACGCAGUCACCCUGGAUGCUUACUCAGGCUCUGCUGCGACCCCUGAAAACUCUGGGCCCCGGAAGAAGUCCAUCUCCACACUAUCCUCACCUGAGCCCCCCGAAUUCAGCACCUUCCGGGCCUGCCAGUGAGGCUGAGGAUUGCGGCCCCUCUCUAUGUACUCUGCUCUCCUCUCUCACUUGAUCUGGCCAGGCUGUGUGGGGCCCGACGUCCCUCCAGACACUUUGGGGAGGGGGGCUAUGGCUACUGCUUUCUCAGGGAACUGAACAGGAUGUCUGGCCUUGGCACCUUCCUCACAGAGGAGCAGGAGCAGAAGAGUGGGAGCAGACAUUGGCCCGGAGGCUGGACAGAAAGCAGGAAACCUCUCUUUGGCUUCUCAGCUUCAAAGACCACCAGGGAUGUAGUUAGGACCUCUUCUGGUACC